AUAAAAAUAGCCUAGGAAAAUUGGAGCUCAUUUCAAUUUAGGGUUUAAGUGCUCAAACCAACUCACUGAUCAUGACGCAGUGGAGUAAAAGGGGAAUGUUGCUGCGUUUUCUCGCCGUCAUUCGCCACUUUUCCACAGAGGCGGUGCCUGUUCGUGCCGCCGCAGCCGCCAGUUCUAGUGGUGGUGGAGAUACCUUAGGGAGGAGGCUUCUGAGCCUUGUGUACCCUAAACGUAGUGCCGUUAUCGCCAUCAAUAAGUGGAAGGAAGAGGGUCACGCGUCUCCACGCAAAUACCAGCUCAAUCGCAUUGUUCGAGAGCUUCGCAGGGGAAAGCGCUAUAAACAUGCACUCGAGGUAUGUGAAUGGAUGACCUUGCAGAAAGAUAUCAAGCUGGUGCCGGGUGACUAUGCUGUCCACUUGGACUUGAUAACUAAAGUUCGGGGUUUAAAGAGUGCAGAAAAAUUCUUUGAGGAUCUUCCUGAUCGUAUGAGGGGCCAGCAAACCUGCUCCUCACUUCUCCAUUCCUAUGUCCAAAAUAAUUUGGUUGACAAAGCUGAGGCCCUCAUGUUGAAAAUGUCAGAAUGUGACUUUUUGAGAUGCCCUCUUCCUUAUAAUCACAUGUUAUCUCUCUACAUAUCGAAUGGGAAGCUAGAAAAAGUUCCUAAAAUCAUUCAGGAAUUAAAGCUGAACACUUCCCCGGAUGUUGUCACUUUCAAUUUAUGGUUAACUGCUUGUGCCUCGCAGAAUGAUGUAGAAACAGCAGAAAGAGUACUGCUUGAGUUAAAGAAGGCAAAAAUAGAUCCGGACUGGGUAACAUACAGUACAUUGACCAAUUUGUACAUAAAAAGUGGAUGCCUAGAGAAAGCCGGAUCUACUGUGAAAGAGAUGGAGAGUAGAACCUCUAGGAAAACUCGAACUGCAUUUUCCUCUCUCCUUAGCUUGCAUACAAACAUGGGGAAUAAAGAUGACGUUAAACGAAUAUGGCAGAAAAUGAAAGCUUCCUUUCGCAAAAUGAAUGAUAAUGAGUAUAUUUGCAUGAUAUCCUCUGUGGUGAAGCUUGGAGACAUUGCUGGAGCUGAGGAUCUUUAUAGGGAAUGGGAGUCUGUUUCUGGGACCAAUGAUGUCAGAGUUUCAAACAUACUUCUUGCUUCAUACAUUAACCAAGACCAGAUGGAAUUGGCUGAAAGUUUUUGUAAUCAAAUAGUGCAAAAGGGUGUCAUUCCUUGUUACACUACAUGGGAGCUAUUGACAUGGGGGUAUUUGAAAAGGAAGGACGUGGAAAAUUUUCUCGAUUAUUUUAGUAAAGCUGUUUCUAGUGUGAAAAAAUGGAGUCUGGAUCAAAGAUUAGUACAGGAAGCUUUUAAAAUCAUUGAGAAGCAAGCUCAUACUCAAGGAGCAGAUCAGUUGUUAGUUAUCCUUAGGAAUGCUGGUCAUGUGAAUACUGAUAUUUAUAAUCAAUUUCUCAAAGUUUAUGCAACAGCUGGUAAAAUGCCUCUCAUUGUCGAAGAGAGGAUGAGAAAGGACAAUGUGAAGUUCGACGAAGAGACUCGGAGACUAUUGGAUCUAACCAGUAAAAUGUGUGUGAGUAAUGUUUCAAGGAAUUUGUCUUAAGUUAAGCACCAAAUAAAAGGAGUUUUACAGAGUGUUUGGCUGGUGAGAUAGUAUACGUGAGAUCCGUUGUAUGUGCAGCGCAUGGAAACCAGUUUUGUUAUAAGGCAUGAACCAAGGAAAACGGAACGGAAUAGUUCCAUUUCUGUUCAUGCGCCAAUGCCACUUCGAGAUUUUAUGGUGGUCGUUGCAUUUGUGAUGCACAACCCAACUUGGUAACUGAUAUCAAUUUUGACCGAACCUUGAUUUUGUAGGUAGAAUCAGUAGAUAACCCGGUUGAAUACUUCAAACUAUUCAAGCUAUUAUAAUGUUAUGUGGACAACAUAUCAUGUUUUUGUGUGAUGAUGCCCAACUUGUCACAAUUUCGCCGCCGCCCAACAAGUUACAGAGCACCAUGAUAUUGAUCCUUCUCCCAUACCAAUGAGGAAACAUUUGAAAUUCAUUGAAGUUGUUAAGUCUGCCAACAUUCUGAACGUUGCUGUUGUUUUCAUUGAUUCUCCAACGUGCUGUGGAUGACCUAUAUUUCUCAAUUAAAAUAUUCAGCACAAGUUAUUUCAGUUUAUUUUUCUGUGUAGGUAAAUGCUUUCGUUAUUAUUGGCGGUGUUGCAAUUUUUUCAUUACUUGUUGAGUGAUAUGUAGGUGUACCCAAGAAACCCAACCUUAUUGACUCAGUCCACCCCAACCAUCUAUCAACUUUUCUAUGAUCCAGAACUCCUUAAAUGGAAUUAAUUAACUGCUUCACAGUAAUCCCUAUAACAGUAUCAUUACCAUCA